AAAUUCACAGAACAAAAUCAGAGCGCGCUUGCCGCUAGGUUAGUUCAGACCAGCUGGGAAGCAGAAGAGGCAGAGGCGGUAGGCGGAAGAUUCAGGCUUGAGAGAAGCGAAGCAAAUGGAUUCAUUCUCAAGUCCCUCGAGUGGAUCAUCGUCUCAGUUCAACACAGCGGAUUUCAAAGACCAGCUCAAGACACAGCUUGCUCAGGCCUAUGCCGAAGAAUUCCUCGAGACAGUAAGGGGGAAGUGUUUUGAGAAGUGUAUCACAAAACCAGGGUCAAGCUUAAGUGGAGGUGAAAGCAGUUGCAUCUCUAGAUGUGUGGAUCGAUAUAUUGAGGCCACAGGCAUAAUUAGCAAAGCCUUAUUUUCAGCACCUCGAUGAAAAGAAAAGGCAACUUCAUCGACGGACUGAAUGGGAGUUGCUGAGUACGUGGACUAAUAAUGCUAUCUGAUUAUAAGUGUAAUCCUUUUCAUAAUUUAUCCUUCACAUUGAGAUUUGAUUAUGUGACGGCUGAGUAAGCUUCAAUUCUUGUGGGAGUGUAAUUCCCCUUAUUUGGUUUAGAUUAAAACUUUAGGACUUGAGACAAUCAGCACAGGCGUUGGAUUUGUCAAGCGAGAUUGUGGUAACAAAAAUUCUAAUUUUGUUUUGAUUUGGAAUUACCUUGUUUAAUCA